AUGCGACCAAAACUAUCUGUUCUGGAACUAUAUAGUGGAAUUGGUGGCAUGCACUGGGCGUUAAAAGAAUGUGGUGUGGAUCACGAGGUUGUUCUGGCUGUGGAUAUAAACACAACUGUAAAUGGCAUUUACAAGCACAAUUUUCCAUCCACAAACCUGCAGAGUUUUAGUUUGGAGAAAUUAACGCUGGAGAAAUUAGAAAGCCUAAAAAUAAAUACUAUUCUGAUGAGUCCACCUUGCCAGCCUUUCACGCGAGUGGGGAAGAAAGGAGACUGUCAAGAUGUGAGAACCAAGUCCUUUUUGCAUAUAUUGCGUCUGCUAGAUGAAAUGAAGGUAAAGCCUGAGUAUCUGCUUGUGGAAAAUGUCAAAGGAUUUGAAGUUUCUCAGACUCGUAAAGAAUUGGUCAGUUGUCUGGAGAGAUGUGGCUAUGUCUACCAGGAGUUCCUGCUCACUCCCUUACAAUUUGGAAUUCCAAACUGCCGCCUCAGAUAUUACCUGACAGCCAGAAGAGGAAAGAACUUUGCCUUUAAUGUACAAUCACAGGUCAGAUCAGCUCAGCAUGCAUCUAUAGAGAAUGUGAACUGGUCACAGCAGCACUGCUCUAAUACUAUUAAUGAAACCCGUUGUAGUGAACAUAUACAAAAGAAGACUGUAGAUUCUGAUGGCUCUAGUGUAGUAUCAAGUGAAGGACCUCACACCAGGCAUCCAGACUCCUGUCCGAAUGAAACUGGUCAUCUGAAUUCACAUACUGGUGCUGGACCAUUGGAAGUUAGCCAAGAUGACAUUGAGGCAGCCAGGGGUAACUCUUUUGCGCUGAGAGAUGCUGGGCGCAACAUGAGGUACUGUGAAGAUGAUGAUGAUGUAAUUAAUGCAGGCAGCAAGCCAUUGUGGCAGUUCAUGGAGCAUUUGUCUCGGGAUGAACUAGCUGACUACUGGCUCUCAGACAAGGAGCUGAGACUGUUUGUCAUCAUGGACAUUGUGUUUCCCGCCUUGAAAAAGUCCAUCUGCUUUACAAAAAGAUAUGGCCAUUAUGUUGACGGGGCUGGUUCUGUAGUUCAAAUGACAACUAAUGUGGAGGAUGUCAGAGCAGCCAGUGAGUUUAAAUCUUGUGUUGUGAAGCUCAAGAAUCGCACAGAAUGGGGUGAGGCUGAGUUGUACAUUCUCCGGAAGUUACAGCUGAGAUACUUCACACCAAGAGAGGUUGCCAAUUUGUUAUGCUUUCCGCCCCAGCUGGAAUUCCCACCAGGGCUGUCCAGAAUCCAGAAAUACAGAGUAUUAGGAAACAGCCUCAAUGUUCAUGUGGUAGCAGAACUAAUCAAGUUGAUGACUCAAGAAGUGACCACAUGA